AUGAUUUAAGUGCAAUAUCAAGUAGUAACAGCUCUUUUGAUUUCUGAAAGUGAAGAAGCAGUCUAGAGAUUUUUAAAAAGGAUAAAUACCAAUAAGCUUUAGAAUGAAAUAAAGACAAUUAAUCUUUUUUACAAAAAAAUUAAUUUCAACAAUGAACUUGAAUGCUUAAAAUAAUUUUCACUUUUUGAAUAUGCAAUACUCUUUUUAUAGGAUUUAGAAUUUCAAUAAUUCACAAUGGAUAAUUUUAAUUUUAGGAUGCUUAAAUUACUGUAAUAUUUUAAGUAAAACAUCUAAAAAUUAAGUUUAGUUAUAAAUAAGUCUUUCUUGUGUAUGAUGAAAUAGAAACUUAAAAAAAUGAUACUUAAAUUUAAAAUCUCUACACUUGGAUAAAUCAAGAAGUAAAUUCAAUAUUUAAUAAUGAAUAAUUAAAUGAAUAAUAAGAGCAAAAUAAUUUUACUAUUCCUCUUCCAGAAAUUAAAACCUAAACUCAGCCAAUGCAAAAUGAUUUCUUCAACUUUUUUAAAAAUAUUGAGAACCUUGAAAACUAGGAUUAAAUUUUAGUAGUAAUGGAAAAUAAUAAUGUGAAUGAAGGAAUAGCAUACAUAGUUAAUGGAUUUAUAAUAAAUGGAUAAACUAUUUUGUAUCAAGAAUAGGAUGCCUUAUAAAAGGUAUAAAUUACAAAUUUUGUUGAUUAUUUUUCUAAAAAAGAAAUUAAUUUUGCACAAAAAGGAGAUAUCAUAGAAUUUAAAUUUAAUUUAAAUAAAAAAAUUGGAGGAUUUUUAUUUGGAUUGUGUUAAGAUAAAUAUCUACUUUUAAAUAAAGAAGUCACAGCUAAUUUAGUUUGCCCAGUAAAUGUUGGUUAAGGUGGUAUUCAUAAAUUUUAGAAAUCAGAUUCAAAGGCUUUUUUUUUUGGAAUUGAAAGUAUUAAUUUUAAUUUAUAAAUUAAAAGUGCUGCUUGAAAAAAAGAAAAUACUUGGAUAAUUAAAUGGAAAUAAAUAUGAUGAGAUGAAGUAGUUAACAACAAAGCCUUUUGGAAUGACAUUUAGAUUUACAAAACAAUAGUUUUAUCUCACAUCUCACAUUAUUGAUAAGAACUUACCAUUUCUAGUUGUUAAAAAUAAAAAUUUCCCUGUUGUAACAAUUUUUUGUGCAAAAAUACUUAAUAAGGAAAUCAUUAAUAUCACAAAACAGUAGGUUUAAAAAUAAAAAGUAGUACUAAUACCUAAAUUGACAAGUCCUCCAUCAUAAAAUAUGGUUAGCAAUGGAGUAGAUUUUCGUUAAAAAUGUAGGGUUUGUAAAACUGAAAAUAUUAGGUAUGUUCCUACUGAUUGUGGACAUCUAAGAUAUUGCAAUGAAUGCAAAGAUAUAUGUAUUGAAGCUAAACAAUGCUUAUAUUGCGAAAACAUAUGCACCAGUACUUAAAGUUUUAACAUACAUCUAACAAAAGAGAACCUUUAAGAAGUCAAAUCAAUUAAUCAAAAAUAAAUUCUAGAAUAUUUUACAGGUAAUCCUGAUAAAAAAAUGUUACCAAUUUUGAACAUUUUUAAUGAAAUAAAUGUAGAAUAAAAUAUUUAGUGCGAGAUCAAUUGUGAUAAUUGUGAUUCAGUAAUUACUUCAUACUCUAUUUGUAAAAAUAAUCAUUUAACUUUGCUUUGUGAUCUAUGUUAAAUUCCAGAAUGCAAGAAAUGCAAUGAAAAAUUGAUAUUUAAAUAAAAGAUUAUUUAUCAAUUUCCAGAUGAUCCAAUUAAUUGA